UUCAACCUAAUCAUUCAUGCAAAUAUCCUUUAUUUUUUGUGGGUUAAUUCAUUAAUGUUAGAAACAAAAAUUGUGCUUUACUAUUACUUUUGCUUCUGUGUUUCUUGGUUCUUUAUUUUUCCUGAUAAAGCUCCAAAUUUUGUUUACGUUUCUUAUCUAAAUUUGCAAUUUUUCUCAUUGUAUUCUUAGUUUAGAAUUUAUUUAGAUGAAUUCAUAAUUUAAAUUCCGCAAUUCCUAAUUUUACUAGUUUUGUUGGGGGUUUACAUGGAGAGUGACUUUUGGGUUUAGUUCCAAAAAUAUGGUAAGAAUUUCCAUACAAUUUGCCUUAACCGUUUAAUUAAUUCAACCCCAUAUGCGAUGUUGGAAAUUUCAUUAAUUAAAGUGGAUUUGUUUGUGAUUCAUCUGAGUAGAUUCUCAUGGGAUUCUUCAGAUUUUCCUUGAUUGAAGUUCUUUGUUGGCAGUUAAUGUUAUGAUUGUAAAAACCCCAUUUAAAAAAAUUGAUAUGCAUUGCUGUAAUCUUCUGAGUCAGUUGAAUUAUAUAAAGUACAAUUAGAUGCUUUGUGUCUAGUAUUAUUUUGAUGUUAUCCUGAACUGAUACCCAGAUGCUGUUUUUCAGUUGCAGAUUUUUUCGGCUUCCUCGGUCUAGUAACGGUAAACUAAGUUAUUAUUUAAUAAAAUGUGGUCAAAAUAAUAGGUUUUUGAUUUAAUAGUAUUUGAUAAAUGGGAUUGGAACUUGAAGUAUAUUGAUUUUUGAUGAGUAUGUUGAAUGUAUGGAUCUUUUUUGGGGUUUAAAAUAAGGGAAUGAAGAAGGGAAAGUGAGACAUUAAAGGAAAGAAAUAUUAAGAAAUUCAGCAAAGAAGGUGGUGGGAGUCAGAUAGUUGCUUGUGGGUGUCACUGACUGUGGGAAUUAUUUUAGUAGUUUGAAUCUGUUGGCUAUGUUUCCUUACUUCACUUGGUUUACCCGCGGUCCAUGGGGUUUGCCGCCGCCCAGGGAAACAGGCACUUCUUAUGGCAAGAGAGUCCUUUAUUAAAAGUUACUUGAUCCCAUUUCAUUCUCUCUCUUUCCCAUUCACCAUUCCGGCUUAGUUUCCGCCAAGAUUCGAUCUUUUCAAAUUGCCUUGAAACUGAACCCUUUCUGUUAAAUCUAGUUAUUUGGUCCGACUCCUUGGGGAGCUUAAAUGUUCUAUUUUCAGGAAAACUACUUCUUGAUUAGUGCAUGUUCUGUGAUUGCAUACACAUUUGUAUAGUUAGUUUUCUACCGGAGAUAAUACUGCACCUUUGUGUAAAAGCGACGAUAGUCCAGAUCUUCACUGACCAAGAUGAAGUUUAUGAAACUUGGAUCAAAGCCAGAUACAUUUCAAAGUGAGGAUAAACAUGUCAGGUAUGUGGCCACAGAGCUGGCUACUGACAUUGUUGUCAAUGUUGGAGAUGUAAAGUUUUAUCUGCACAAGUUCCCUCUACUCUCAAAGAGUUAUCAGCUGCAAAAGUUGGUUUCAACAGCAAAUGAAGAGAGCAGCGAUGAACUGAUAAUCACGGACAUCCCUGGAGGGCCUGCCGCCUUUGAAAUUUGUGCCAAGUUCUGUUAUGGAAUGGUUGUUACCUUAAAUGCUCACAAUGUCAUUGCUGCUCGCUGUGCGGCUGAAUACUUGGGGAUGCAUGAAACUAUGGAGAAAGGUAACCUUGCAUACAAAAUUGAUGUCUUUCUAAACUCUGUUAUUUUUCGAAGCUGGAAAGACUCUAUCAUAGUUCUACAGACAACUAUGUGUUUGUUCCCAUGGUCUGAGGAUUUGAAGUUGAUUUUUCACUGCGUUGAGGCUAUUGCUUCCAGAGCUGUAAUUGACACUUCCAAGGUGGACUGGUCCUACACGUAUAACCGGAAGAAGCUUCCAGAGGAAAAUGGAACUGAUCCAAAUUGGAAUGGUGCUAGAAACUACAAAGCGGUGCCAAACGACUGGUGGGUUGAAGACUUGUGUGAGCUUGAGGUUGAUUUAUAUAAAAGGGUUAUAGUCAGUAUCAAUAGCAAAGGCAUUAUUUGUGGUGAAGUUAUUGGAGAAGCUCUGAAAGCUUAUGUGUAUCGACAAUUUCCUGGUCUCAUCAAGGGUGUUACCCGAUCCAGUGAUUUGACAAAAUAUCGAUCCACUGUUGAUACCAUCAUUUAUCUGCUCCCUGAUGAGAAAGGCUGUGUUUCAUCUAGUUUUUUACUCAAAGUGUUAAAAGCAGCUAUACUAGUGGACUGUAGUGAAGAGUUGAAAAAAGAUUUAAUCAAGAAAAUAGGACACCAACUAGAGCAAGCCUCUGUCAGCGAUCUUUUAAUAAGAGCACCAGAAGGAGAUUCUUUAAAGUAUGACAUUGAUGUUGUAUUGAACAUAGUGCAUGAGUUUUUCAUCCGGGAUCAAAGUUCUGAAAUUGAAUCACUGGAAGCCAAUGAGGCUCAGGAAUUUAAUAAACCAGGGAUAUUGUCCGAAGCAUCAAAGCUAAUGGUGGCCAAAUUAAUUGAUGCAUACCUUACUGAAAUUGCAAGAGAUGAGAAUCUGCCUGUAUCGAAGUUUGUUGAACUGGUGGAGAUGGUAUCAUGCAUCUCAAGGCCUGGACAUGAUGGGCUUUAUCGUGCCAUUGACAUGUACCUCAAGGAACACCCUGGAAUCAGCAAGAGUGAGAGGAAGAGGAUAUGUCGGUACAUGGACUGCAAGAAGUUAUCAGUAGAUGCAUGCAUGCAUGCAGUGCAGAAUGAAAGGCUCCCAAUGAGGGUGAUUGUCCAAGUGCUUUUCUUUGAGCAGGUACGUGCUGCAGCUACAUCUGGGACCAGCACACCUGACCUACCAAAGAGCAUCAGGGACUUAAACAGCGGCUCAAUGAGGAGUUCAAGAUCAACACCUAAUGCAGAUGAAGAUUGGGACGCAGUGGCUACAGCCGAGGAAUUGAAGGCCUUAAAGGGUGAGUUAGCCGCUUUGAAAUUAGAGCGGAGAAGAAGUGACAAAUUUGUAGAAGGUAGACCUAGUAGUGUUGAAAAGACUGCCCUCAAUAAAGUCAAGGGAUUGCUCAUGACAAAGAAGAUAUUUUCAAAGCUUUUGUCAACCAAAAGUGGUAAUGCUGAUACAAGCGGCUCAGAUUCAUCUGAAACUCCCAGUACUGCGAAUAAUCCUGAAGAUUCUAAAUCCACGUCUUCCGCAAAUAGGAGGAUUUCAGUUUCUUAGUCAAUUUUAGUCUUCUUGUUCAUCGCCUGAGUUCUGAUUCUGACCCCUCCCCUUUUGUUGCAACACCCUUUGUAUCUGUUGAAAACAUUAGAUGUCUAGAAUUAGUGGUUAUUUGGGCUUUUGAGUAUAAAAAAAAAUUAAGGUAACAUGUAGUAAAUUAGUAUGGGCCUAUGGGGAGUAUUGGAGAUAGAUCAAUCAUAUUAUGAAUAAUUAUAUAUGGACAAAAUGUCCUAAUAAUUUAAUUAUAAAAAGAUUAUAGAUUAACAUGCUUUGGUCAAA